AUGCGCAACGAAGAAGAAGGAGAAGAAGACGAUAUAAGCUUUUAUGUUCAGAAAAAUGAACCUACUUUGCUCAAACCGAUUUCAGGAUCAAAUUCUUACGGAAGUCUUGCAGAUGAACGAAGCAAAACUAAUCGAGAGCCAUCAACAGAUGAAUAUCAUCAUGAACCACGUAUUCGUCGACCGAGCAUUGUAAUUCGAGAGCAUCAAUUGACACAAUAUCCAAUUAACUAUGAUCCAUCCCCACAAAUUAUUCGGAAAAAAAUUGCAGAAUAUCAUGAACCUAUCGUGUAUAAACAGCAAAUUGCUGUACGAUAUUUAUGUCCACCAACACCACCACCACCACCACCUUUAAUUAUUCGAGAAAUUCGCCCACCUGAACCAUCACCAUUACCACCUAUUAUUAUUCGUCAACGACCUCCACCACCAGUUACUCCACCACCAAUAAUUAUUCGAGAACGACCACCAACUCCACCAUCUUAUACUACACCUCAGAUAAUUUACAAAAGAGUAUCAUCUGUAGAACCAGUACAACGUCGUGUUAUUAUUGAACGUUUACCUCCAAUGCCUGCUAAACCUCCAGAUAUUAUUGUUGAACGUUGGCUUCCAUACAAACCACAAAAACGAAAAGUCAUUUAUGAAAAAGCACUAUCAAACAAAGAUAAUUCAACAUCAUCUAGUGAUCAAUACGCAUCGCAUAAUUUCAUCAACCAGUAUGCAAAUCCAUUAGUUCGAAUGGAAAAACAAAUGCGUUCAUUAAGUAUAGUACGAUCUGAUCGAUUCGAACAAGAUAAAAAAUCAUUUCCAUCUUCUCAAAAAACUAUCGAAUCUAUCUAUGAUAAUUAUUUACCAUUAAAAGUUGAACCUUCAAAUCAACCGUCAAAUUAG